AUGUCGGUUAUUCAUGAGCUGGCCUUCUUCGUCGUUGUGUCAACGGCCAAUUUUACACCUCAUUCCGGAUUUCAUCAAGCCCUCUGCAUCCUUCGCCUUAUAGGUUCUGAUUUGGGCGCCACGAGCCCAGGACAACUCGUGUGGCUUAUUGCUGGAUAUGGCCUGACUGGGACGUUCAUCCUCCUGGCAGGCCGCCUCGGGGACGUCUAUGGCCACAAACUCAUCUUCCUCGUCGGCAAUAUGUGGUUUGCGCUGUUCUCGCUUGUCGCCGGCUUAUCCAUCUACGCGCCUCGACCUUACGCUGCUUUCCUCUUUGCGCGUAUCAUGCAAGGUCUCGGCCCGGCACUAAUAGUUCCAAACGCCGUAGCACUAUUAGGCGUCACAUAUGUACCUGGGCAACGAAAGGCUAUGCUGUUCGCUAUCUUUGGAGCCAUGGCUCCGGCUUCUGCUAUCAUCUCGCCGGCAUUUACAAGCCUGCUGGCACUGGCGUGGUGGCCGUAUGCAUUUUUUGGCUUAUCCCUUCUAUUACUAUUCACUACUCUCGCCGGUGCACUCGUGAUACCAAGCGAGUUGUCCCCGGAAAAGGGUAGAGUAUCGACAGGGGGGUUAAAAGCAUUAUGUGCUGAGCUAGAUGUCCCCGGUGCUCUAACAGGGGUCAGUGGUCUUAUUCUCAUCAGUGUUUCUUGGAACCAAGCAUCCGUCAAGGGCUGGCAGAACCCGUGUGUUCCCGGGCUUCUGAUAGCAGGAGCCCUGCUAUGCGUGGGUUUUAUUUUUAUCGAGAAGUAUGCCAGUAAACCUUUGAUACCACUCGAGGCUGUCAAUUCGGGAGUAUUUUUCGUCCUUGGCGCCGUCUUUUGUGGCUGGGGCUGCUUUGGAAUUUAUAUCUAUUAUAUUUGGGGGUUUUAUGAGGUGUUGCGAGGCGCGCCGCCUCUCCUGGCCACGGCAAUGCAUAGUCCGAUUUUAGUCAGUGGUAUUGCAGCAGCCAUUACUACGGGUAUGAUCAUUCACCGUGUAGGACCAGCGGUCGUGAUGGCCCUCGCACUAUUGGCUUUUACCAUUGGCACUACCCUCAUCGCAACAGCCCCCAUUAACCAGACGUAUUGGACACAGACUUUCCUCUGCAAUGUGAUUAUCACCUGGGGAAUGGAUUUGAGCUUUCCAGCGGCGACGCUUAUGCUUUCGGAUUUGGUAUCUAGCGAGCAUCAAGGCAUUGCAGCCAGUUUAGUUACCACUGUGGUGAACUAUAGUGGUGCGCUUGCAUUGGGCGUUGCUGGAACCGUUGAGCUUCACGUGAAUAAUGGCGGAGUGACCGCCGAGGACAUUUUGAAGGGAUAUAGGGGAGCUUGGUACGUGGCCAUUGGGUUGGGCGUAGUUGGCCUUGUCCUGUGCUUGAUCUUUGCUUGGAAAUUUUCGAACCGCCAGAAGACGACCCGAAGUUAA